CGUUUUCGGCAGAAGGAAAGAGAGUGGCAGGUGAAAAUUUCCCAGGAAGGGUUAUUAGACUAUAUAUCUGACAAAAAACGGAAAAACAAAAAUGACAGGAAAAGAAUGGUCAAAAGAAGAUUUAAAGCACUUAGACAGUUAUUUAUGUGAACAUAGCUAUAUAGAGGGAUACCAAGCGACAAACAGUGAUGUGACAGUCUUAACCUCGUUACGAGGAGUCGAUAUUUCGAGCUUUGAUCACUUGCGGAGAUGGCUAAACCACAUACAGAGCUUCAGAAAUGAAAAUCUUAGUGGAAAAUCUUUAAGUGUCGAUGAAAUACUAAGUAAUGUGAAGAGACAGGGGAGAGAGGCCAACAUGACCCCGGAGGAGAGGACACAGCUGGUGACGCGGCGGCUGGACGAGGUGAUCGGGGAGGAUCGCAUUCGGGCCAUCUUGAAGGAACGGCCCCUCAAAAUCUACUGGGGCACAGCAACCACGGGCAAACCUCACGUCGCCUACUUCGUGCCCAUGACCAAGAUCGCUGACUUCCUCAAGGCCGGCUGCGAAGUCACAAUCCUCUUAGCCGACCUGCACGCCUACCUGGACAACAUGAAAGCGCCAUGGGAACUCAUAAAAUUCCGUACGCAGUAUUACGAAGCAGUUAUCAAAGCUAUGCUCAGGGCGAUUGGGGUCUCCCUUGAAAAGCUGCAUUUUGUUCAAGGCACAAGCUACCAGCUAGGAUCCAAAUUUACGGACGAUGUUUACAAGCUCUCCGCCAUGGUAACAGAACACGAUGCCAAGAAAGCUGGCGCUGAAGUGGUAAAGCAGAUCGAGGCUCCGUCGCAGUCAGGGCUCCUGUACCCCGGCCUGCAAGCCCUGGAUGAGGAGUACUUGAGCGUGGACGCACAGUUUGGAGGCGUCGACCAACGUAAGAUCUUCACCUAUGCCGAGAAAUACUUACCCAAGAUCGGCUACCAGAAGCGGUCUCACCUCAUGAACCCCAUGGUCCCAGGGCUCACUGGGGGCAAGAUGUCUUCAUCGGAGGCGGACUCCAAGAUCGACCUCCUGGACUCUGCCGAAGCUGUGGAGAGGAAGCUGGGGGGCGCCGUGUGCGAGUCCUCUAACCCAGACAAUGGUGUGAUGUCUUUCGUUAACUACGUAGUGUUUCCCAUUCUGGAAGGACAGGGCCAUACCCUAGAACUUGCCACAGGGCAGAGCUUCUCCUCCUUUGAACAGCUGAAGGAGCAGUUUGUUGCCGGAAAAGUAGAAGGCGAAGACCUGAAGAAAUGUGUAAUCAAAUUCUUGAACAAGCUGCUGGACCACAUCCGCAAGGAGUUCGACACUCCGGAGUUGCAAGAGCUCACAGAGAAGGCCUACCCAUCGCCCAGCAACAUGCCAGCACCAGUGGCGACUCAGAUGGAUGAAGCUAGGAAGGCGGACCUCACCAUGGAGGGCCUCAGUCUCGAUGACAGGAUCAAUCUAAUGGCACAGAAUUUAGCCCAGCCACCCCCAGCCACUCUAUCCACGGCUAUGACUACAUCGCCACAUGUCUUAUGGAUGGUCCCAGUCACAGGGAGACCAGAUAUUGGGCUGCUGGGUCAGGUGGCAAAGGUGCGGGACUUCGUAGCUGCUGGAUGCAAGGUGACUGUGUUGGCUUCGGAUGUCCUUUCACAUCUGGAUGCCUGUCAGUCACCUUGGGAAGUUGCCAGUCACAGAGCAAACUUUUUGCUGGAGCUCCUCAAGGCUGCCUUGAUGGCAAAUAAUGUCUCAUUAGAGAACAUUAACUUUGUGAAGGGAAGUGAUUUUCAGAAGGAUGAAGCUUAUGUCUUGGAUCUGUACAGGAUGACUGCACUUGUGACAUGCAAGGACUCCACUGAUGCUGUCACAGGUGUUAUCAAGGAUCCAAACCUCCUUUCUGCACAUCUGUACCCAGAUAUGUUAGCACUCGACGAGAAACACUUACAGGCUAAUAUAGGUUUUGGAGGAGCAAAGUUAGCACCCGUGUUCCAGUUUGCAGAGAAACACCUGCCAGUUGUGGGUGGCAGUCCUCGCACCCAUCUCCUGGGAGAAGAGAUGCCCUCCUUAUUAAACAGGGCAGCCUUAACCCCAGAGGAGGAAUAUAUUGAAUUAAUAGAGCAGGAGUCACAGAUCAAAAAGAAGAUUAAAUCUGCUUUCUGUGAGGAAGGAAACACAGACUUCAAUCCAGUUUUAUCUUUGGUGAAGGUUAUAAUAAUGCCUCUUCUCGGGGAGGAAAAGUUCAAGAUCUCCCGCAGUGCUGAAAACGGCGGUGACUUGGAGAUUGCCUCAUUUGAAUCACUCGUGGAACAGUUUAAGGGCAAGGGUAUACACCCAGGUGACCUCAAGAACUCUGUUAUGGAAUACCUGAAGAGAUUAAUCCUGCCUGUGCGGAAGUCAGCAGAAACGCCAUCUAUGAAGAAACUGCAGAACCAAGCCUUCCCUCCGCCUCCCAAGAAGGCCAAGGGACCUCCCAAGGCUGCCGGCAGCGAGGAGUUCGUGCCUUCCAAAUUCAACAUGGUGGUCGGGAAGAUCGUCGAGGUGUCCCAGCACCCAGACGCAGACGCACUGUACGUCGAGAAGAUCGACAUCGGGGAAGCGGAGCCGAGGACGAUUGUCAGUGGCUUAGUCAAGCACGUGCCAAUAGAGGAGAUGCGCGACAGGAUGGUGGUGGUGUUGGCGAACCUGAAGCCGGCCAGCAUGCGAGGAGUGAAAUCAGCCGGGAUGGUGUUGUGUGCGUCAGCGAGCGAACCCCCUGCCGUCGAGCCUCUCGUGCCUGCGCCGGGAAGCAAGCCGGGGGAUAGAGUCUUAGCCGAAGGAUUCAGCGGCGAGCCAGACCCUGUGCUGAACACCAAGAAGAGCGACGCCCUCGCCAAAAUGUUGGAAGGGUUCAAGACUGACGCGGCGCUCACGGCCACCUGGAACAGCAAUGUUCUCAGCACCAGCAGCGGUCCGGUCACGGUCGCGAGCCUAAAGAAUACCCCUAUCAAAUAAUGUUGGACUGAUAGGUUUUCAUGCGUAAAAAUUUGUUGAUAUUGAAUAUGGAAUUUAAACAUAUAGAUUUAUUGAAUAUGUCGGUAAUGUUUUUAAAUGUUUUUUGUACCAACAUCGAUUGUUAGUAUUAUAAAUAAUACUUGAAAUGAAGCUUUAAAAAGAUUUUGUACGCAUUUGUAAAUUAUUCCUUAAAGUCUGCACAUAAACGUUUCCUAGAG